AUGUUGACUGUGGAUAUCCCUAGUAUCGAGCAUCCGUUCGGAGUACACUUAUGGCCAUUGUUCAGUGCCGGGUUUGAAAAGGCCGUCGGUUACCCUGCUGAAGACUUUGAGUUUAUUCACCACCAAACUUUCUUGGCUAACGGUUACCAUGCCAUUUCCAUCAUCGUGGGAUACUAUAUCGUCAUUUUCGGGGGCCGUGCGUUGUUGGCCAAGUUGAAGGUGCCUGCCCUCAAGUUGAACUUCUUGUUCCAGUUACACAACGUGAUCUUGACCUUAGUGUCCUUGGGUUUGUUGUUGUUGUGCAUCGAGCAGUUGGUGCCUAUGUUGUACAACCACGGCUUGUUCUAUGCCAUCUGCCACCGUGACUCGUUUGCACCCAAGUUGGUUACCUUGUACUACUUGAACUAUUUGACCAAGUACUUGGAGUUGAUCGACACCGUGUUCUUGGUGUUGAAGAAGAAGAAGUUGAUGUUCUUGCACACUUACCACCACGGAGCUACCGCUUUGUUGUGCUACACCCAAUUGACUGGAUACACCUCAGUUGAGUGGGUGCCUAUCACCCUCAACUUGGCUGUCCACGUUGUCAUGUACUGGUACUACUUCUUGAGUGCCAGAGGCAUCAGAGUGUGGUGGAAGGAAUGGGUCACCCGGUUCCAAAUCAUCCAAUUCUUGAUUGACUUGGUAUUUGUGUACUUUGCCACUUACACCCAUUACAGUUACAGAUACUUCAAGUGGUUGCCUCACAUCGGUGACUGUCACGGUUCUGAAUUGGCCGCUGCCUAUGGAUACUUGAUCUUGACCAGUUACUUGUUGUUGUUCAUCUCUUUCUACAUCAAGGUGUACAAGAAGGGCGGAAAGAAGCCUGCUGCUGGUGCUGCUGGUGCUGCUGCCACUGGUGCCUCUACUGGUGCUUCCACCACCGGUGAGGACGCUGGCAAGGUGAGAUCCAGAAAAGCAUAG